UAGAAGAAGAAGACGAAGUAGCAGCAGCUUUUCUAGCCGAGUAGAUAAACAAACGUAUUAUUUGGUUUGUAUAACGAUUAAUGCAGAUUUAAUUAACUACCAUAUACGACUCAAUUAGUGCUCAUGUUGUUAAAUUCAAAUAAUCAGUGUCCACAGCGCUGUUUCCCCGAAGAGUAGUUAGCUCAUGUUGGAGAUAGCUAGCUAGCUAACGUUGGUUAUCUCGAUAUGGCGAGAACGAGGGAGCAACAUGGCAUGCAAUGGUCGCAGGGUUAGCUAGCCAACUUACUUGGUUUCAAAGUUUGGUAGCAGAAGACAUCUGCCAGGCUGUAAGAAAUUUGCAGUUUGGAAUUUUGAGGCUAGGGAUCUAGAAUUUGAGACAAGUUCGACUGCAAUCAGAUCCACGCGUCGUCAUGGCUUGGGCUCUGAAGUUGCCGCUCACUGAUGAGGUGAUUGAAUCAGGUCUGGUCCAGGACUUUGAUGCCAGUCUCUCUGGCAUUGGACAAGAGCUUGGAGCUGGCGCGUACAGUAUGAGCGACGUGCUGGCCCUCCCUAUUUUUAAGCAGGAGGAGUCUAACCUGCCGCCUGACAGUGAGAACAAGAUUCUUCCUUUCCAGUAUGUUCUGUGUGCAGCUACCUCGCCUGCUAUCAAACUGCAUGAUGAAACACUUACCUACCUCAACCAAGGACAGUCUUAUGAAAUUCGAAUGCUUGACAAUCGGAAAUUGGGUGAACUCCCAGAAAUCACUGGCAAAAUGGUGAAGAGCAUAAUCCGAGUAGUCUUCCAUGACCGGCGUCUUCAGUACACAGAGCACCAGCAGCUGGAGGGCUGGCGCUGGAACAGGCCUGGGGACCGCAUCCUCGACCUGGAUAUCCCCAUGUCAGUUGGCAUGGUCGACCCCAGGGCUAACCCUACUCAGCUUAACACUGUGGAGUUCCUGUGGGACCCUUCAAAAAGAACCUCGGUUUUUAUCCAGGUUCACUGCAUCAGCACAGAGUUCACCAUGCGGAAGCACGGGGGAGAGAAGGGCGUGCCUUUCCGCAUCCAGAUUGACACUUUCAAAGAGAACGAUGGCGAAGAGUAUACAGAGCACCUGCAUUCUGCCAGCUGUCAGGUCAAAGUCUUCAAGCCUAAAGGUGCAGACAGGAAGCAGAAGACAGACCGAGAGAAGAUGGAAAAGAGAGCGCCUCAGGAGAAGGAGAAAUACCAGCCCUCGUACGAAACCACCAUCCUAACAGAGUGCUCUCCCUGGCCAGAGGUCACCUAUGUAAAUAACUCUCCAUCGCCUGGCUUCAACAGCCCACACAACAGUUUUCCAGUGGCAGAGGGGAAUGGAUCCCCCAGUCACCAGCCAGAGCCAGUUGUUCAGGUGGCAGAUAUUGAAAGCUGUCUGACUGAUACAAUUUUGUCGUCCCAUCUACUUACAAGAGACGGUGACAGUAUCCAUCAGAACCUGUUACCCGCGGCAACACCACAGGAUGCACAGCAGUGGCUCCAUAGAAGCCGCUUUUCACCGUUCUGUCGGCUCUUCACAAAUUUCUCUGGGGCUGAUCUGUUGAAGCUGACCAGGGAAGAUGUCAUUCAGAUCUGUGGGCCGGCAGAUGGUAUUAGGCUCUUCAACGCAUUGAAAGGACGGGUGGUACGUCCCAGGCUGACAGUGUAUGUGUGCCAGGAAUCCCAGCAGGCUCGGGAACAGCAGCAGAAACACGAGAACAGAGACGCAGCUAGCAGCACUUUUUUCGUGUACCAUGCCAUCUACCUGGAGGACUUGACAGCAGUUGAGCUGACCGAGAAGAUCGCUCAGCUAUUCAACAUCUCAUCCAGACAGAUCAGUCAGAUCUUUAAACAGGGACCCACUGGUAUACAUGUCCUGGUCAGUGAUGAGAUGAUUCAGAACUUCCAGGAUGAAGUAUGUUUUGUUUUGGACACAAUGAAAGCCGAGACAAACGACGGCUACCACAUCAUCCUGAAAUGAAGACUCUCUGGGGGAUUGCCUCCGCUCUCUCCUUACACCCUGCCAGCCCCUGAUGUUCCUGGACCAUGCUGAAGAUGACCCGAUCGUUUCACUCAACGAUUCUCUAGGGGCUGCUCGCUACGGGGAACAUUUGACUGAAGCACCUUGCCCAUCCUCGAUACCUUAUUGUCUUUAUUUUAAAGGAUUGACACUAUUUCAGCUGCCAUAUUGAUGCAACUCUCCAGACUCCUCCCCUAAUAGAAACCCUUUUAAAUGGUUGAAUUUUCCUGCUUUGUUGCUCAUGUGUUUGAAAAAGAGAAUGGAAGACACCCUGCCACUGCUUCAGAAUCAACGACUUUGCUGUACUGUUUUUAGAAUUCAGUCUUGCAUGGAAAGGGAUACACAACAAGAGAUGCAGAGUGCGUAUACAGGGUGCCAGUGGUCUCCAGUCUUCAUCUCCUACUACUAGGCUGCUGGACACCAAGGAGCCAUUUUGUGAGGACCGUGGUGAGGACCGUGGUCAUGGUUAAGUAGCUACAGCAACGAAGCUUGCACAGGAAAUAAAAUCUUAACUGGGUUAAAGAUAACCCAGGUUAAGACAAAAGGGUUCUAAUAUCCCGUAACUCUUUGCAUAAAUGCGGAAGCAUUCUAGACAACGGGACCAGCAAUUGUGAGCGAAAAUGACUGGAGGCAGUACAGAAAGUUCGCCAUUAAAGUGGAAAAUAAACACAAUCGUAGGGAAUUUAGGCUAACUACUCAGCAAGCACAUAGCAUAACUGUUUUACUGCCGUUUUAUUCAUUUAUAGGUUUUUCAAAUUAUCUACAGCCAUUACUUGAUUACCUGACCGCUGGUCAAGUUUUCAAUGCUAAUACUGUGGAAUCCAACAAUGGCGCUGGUCCCAUGAAUUUGUUUAUUUGGAAUUAUUACAUUGUCCUAACCUGGAUAUCUUCAACCUAAAAUCUUAAUGAUGUCAUAAUGGAUAAUGAAAGGGACACCAGCAGCAUCUAUGAAAACCCCUCUGUUCUCCCAGUGAGUGCUGUGCUGUGAAAGCCCACAGUCUGUCAAGUUGUACCUGUGUCAUCCUCUGUCCAUCUGUGCAGCUUUUCUAGGCCUUUCAACACUGUCAAGACCGCAUCAGUAUACUGUUCUGUUCAUCAUGAUAUGGCCCUCCCCUUAUUCAUUAAUCUGAUUGACACACUUUGACCACACACUGUGGCAACCCCAACAACCUACUAGUCUCUGUCUUGCCCGCUAUCCCUAUUUAUCAUUGUACUGUAUCAGUUUACAGUGUCAUUACGAUGGAUUUGGACAGUUCACAAACUUUUGAGUAGAUAGUAGUUUAGAAGGUAUGAAUUUUGAAUCAUGUUUUACUUUGACUGUUUUAUAAACAUAAACAGACUUGUGUUCCUACCUUAUUUAGGGAAAAGCAGUCUGCAUUGUUUUGGGAUAUUACCACUAUCAAAUAUAUAUAUAUAUAGUAGUGGGUUGUUUACUGUAUGCCGAAGCUGCAUGUGGAAAGCUAGAGUUGGUUCUCAUUCAAUAAGGUUCUACUGAACGCUAGAUGUUGCCCACCUUUGCCCCUUGUCCAAGUCAUCAGAACGAUUAAACUACUUACCCAAACAUUG